ACUCAAUAUGGCGGCCCCAAAGAAAAUUUUGUUUGUUAGUUUGUGAGGUUUCCAUAACUUACCGUGUCGUCGUUGUCUGAAGAGAUUUUUGACUCAUAUUUUUCUGGUCAUCCGCAAACACGAUGUCCAGCAAACAGUUAAGAAUCUUGGCGUGUGGUGACGUAGAAGGCAGGUUCAGUCAGCUGUUCAAGCGAGUCUCCUCCAUCCAGAAGAAGAGCGGCGACUUUGACAUGCUGCUGUGCGCGGGAGACUUCUUUGGGAUCACAGCCGGAGCUCGCACAGAGUGGCAGCAGUACCUGGAGGGGACACAGAGGGCGCCCAUUGCCACAUACAUACUGGGAGCCAACAAGCCAGAACAUCUGGAGUUCUAUGGGGAUGAGGAUGGGGGUGAACUCUGUGAAAACAUCACAUACUUAGGCAGAAAGGGAGUGUUCACAGGUGCCUCUGGACUGCAGGUAGUCUACCUAAGUGGAGUGGAAGAUGGGGAGGAAGGCUGUUGUUUUUCCAAGACUGAUGUUACAGCUCUUUGUGAAUCCCUCAUAAACAAAAACUUCAAGGGAGUGGACAUCCUAUUGACUUCCGCAUGGCCAAGAGGAGUCACAAACUUUGGGAACAGCGUGGAUGGUGGCGCCGCUCCACAGGGCUUGGUCAGUGUUGCUGAACUGGCCAAAAUCCUCCGGCCCCGUUACCACUUCAGUGGACUUGAGGGUGUGUUCUAUGAGAGACUUCCCUACAGGAACCACAGGGUGCUAGCGGAGAGUGAUAAACAUGUCACACGCUUCCUGGCUCUAGCCAAGGUUGGUAACCCAGAGAAGAAGAAGUACCUGUAUGCAUUUAACUUGACCCCAUUGACUAGCAUGGACCAGUCUGAACUGGUCAAGCAACCUCACGAUGUGACAGAGUGUCCGUAUAAGUCAGAACAGGGCAUUCAAGAUCAGUCUGCAGAGGAUGAACAGGAUACUGGGUUGCAGUACCGCUAUGACUUGUCGGGUGGAGCACAUGGACAUGGCAGGAAGCGAGGCCACCAAGGAGACAGAGGACCUGGUGGGGAGAAGAAGUCCCGUCCACCCCCAAAGCCCACAGGUCCUUGCUGGUUCUGCCUGGCAAGUCCUGAGGUGGAGAAGCACCUAGUGGUCAGUGUGGGUGAUCACACCUACCUAGCACUGGCCAAGGGGGGACUGGUGCCUGACCAUGUGCUCAUACUCCCCAUUGGUCACUACCAGUCUAUGGUAGAAGUCACAGCUGAGGUCCAUGAAGAGAUCGAGAAGUACAAGUCUGCUCUACGUAAAAUGUUCCACUCCCAAGGAAAGGAUUGUGUGUUCUUUGAGAGGAACUACAAGACACAACAUCUACAGAUCCAGGUUGUUCCGGUGCCCUCCCACCUGUCUGAGGAUGUAGGAGAAGUGUUUCAGGAACAGAGUCAGAUGAAGAACCUAGAGCUGGCCGAACUCCCCAGACACACCGACCUCAAGCAGGUUGUCCCAUCAGGCGCACCCUACUUCUACCUUGAACUUCACUCUGGUGGCAAGUUCCUCCAUAGGAUAAGGAAGUUCUUUCCCCUGCAGUUUGGUCGGGAGGUCAUGGCUAGCUCCCCUCUACUGGACAUGCCUGGCCGGGCAGAUUGGAGAAACUGUAAAUCCAACAAAGAGGAGGAAACAGAGACUGCAAAAAUUUUCCGGAAAGCAUUCCAGGGUUAUGACUUCAACCUGAUGUAGGAGAGUGUCUUCUCUGGCUUCUAACACCACUUAGUGCUUCUGUAUCAAGUUUGUUGAGUACAUGUAUGUACUAGUACGUACUAGUAUUGCAGGUUCAUGUACUAUGAUGUUUUAGAUGGAUCAAAAUUUAUACCACUGUAAAUACAAAGCUACACAGCUAGAUGGAAAAUUUGGGACCUUUUUUAUUUUCUGCAGAAUGGACAACUUUUAAUUUGAUGGUAAAGAAUCAUACUAGUUUUAUGUCUGUUUGACUUAAUUUUUUAUGCACAUGUAGUAUCUAACUAAUAGUGGUUUCAAGACCCCUAUAACUCAAUACAAGGGUUUUUCAUCAUUGCCACAUUGUCUGUGUCUUAACUGCUGUUUGCAAUGUAAAAUCUAUUCUUGUCUUUGUUUUAUUUCUUGAUUUUUUUUCAUCUAAUGUGCCAUUAAACAUUAGACUAUGUUCAAUUAGUUGCUUCCAAUGGUGUACAUUGUAUGAAAGAUGUUGAUGAAAAUGUUUUUUGGAUUUUAAUAAAGUUGAGAUACUCUUUUAGCAA